GGUUAGGCGUUUUCAGACUGGUAUGGCCGAAAGCAGUUUUGUUUUUAGAGAUAUUUUUAAACAAUCUAUUCAGACGUGUUAGGACAACCUUAGAACAGGUUGAGUUUUGAAUCCAAACUUUCUGGCCCAGAUUAGGGGCAUUAACACAUGCCACAAUAACUCUCAGAUUCCCUUUUAUAUUUUUAGUUUAUUUUGUUUAUUGUUAUGCCCAUUGCAGUUUUAAUUGGAAGUUUAUGUUCUCAAUUUUGGUUGACUAGUUGUUGUGAAUGUAACUUUUACUCAAUAAGGAACAUGUGUGAUUCUAGAAAUUUCCAUAUCAGGACUGGGGUACCAAAAGUGCAAAGACAUGCUAGGCACAAGUAUAUGUCACAUACGUGCUAAAAUGAAUUUAAUCAGUACAUCUAAUAAACUGUUUUGGACAUAUGUUCAGAAUAAUUAUUUAGACAACAGGAAAGCUGAUAAUUAACAGAUCAAUUAAUGAAUAUGAUCAUUCGAUUCUUCACCUAUUAAGCAUCACUUUUGCAUUAGCAGGUAGCUAGUUUGUAAGGUGAAUGAGGCGGUGGUACUAUCAAAUACUGAUGCAUUAAGGAGAUUUAAAGCAUGAUGUAUUACUGAGUAGCGAGCAAUUCCUUGUUUUUUUUCAAAAAAUACUAAAAUCGCGCCCUUCCAUUAGCGGUCCCGGGCAAAUUGCAGUUCGAGACAUCUGCACUCCCACCCCGUCAGUGACGUGAAAGUCCAUGACGCUUUAUUUUAAAACGAGGAAUGACAGGGAGGCAUUCUGAAUCCACAAGAAGUGUCCUAAUUAAGCGGCGCUCGGUUCGCUGCUGCCUGCAAUCGGACGGUACAAAGCGGUGAGCACCAACAGCAUCGGGCCAUUUCUCGAAUCCUCCCCGGGAGUUGAUGUCCGGGGGGCGCUUCCAUAGCAUGCCGGAGCCGCCUGGCAGGCAAUGAUGAACCUGGUAAACAGUACCGCCGCCCGGGAGGAAAUCCUCUUCAGUCCCAGUACCUACAAAGUUCUGGCAGCCAGCGUAGGAACCAUCGGCGUUCUGGGCGUCUGCAACAACCUCCUGAUGUUGCUGCUCUACUGCAAAUUCAAGAGGCUGAAGACACCCACCAACCUGCUCCUGGUGAACAUCAGCAUCAGUGACUUAUUGCUGUCAGUCUUUGGAGUUGUUUUCACCUUUGUCUCCUGCGUGAGAGGGCGAUGGGUUUGGGAUUCCGCCGCGUGUGUCUGGGACGGUUUCAGUAAGAGCUUAUUUGGAAUUUCAUCAAUAAUGUCACUUGCAGUCCUAGCAUAUGAGCGCUACAUCCGGGUGGUGAACGCAAAAGCAAUUGACUUUUCCUGGGUUUGGCGUGCUAUCACCUACAUCUGGCUUUACUCGCUGGCCUGGUCCGGAGCACCAUUAGUCGGUUGGAACAAAUACUCUCUGGAGCUGCAUAAGCUAGGUUGCUCAGUGAACUGGGACUCCAGGAACCCAAGUGAUACCUCGUAUGUUCUCCUCUUAUUCCUUGGCUGUCUGCUUGUCCCUGUAGGUGUCAUAGCUUACUGCUAUGGAAAUAUUUUAUAUAGUAUAAGAAUGCUUCGAAAUAUUCAAGACCUUCAGUCAGUUCGACUUGCAAAGAUAGUAACAUAUGAGAAGAAUAUGGCAAAGAUGUGCUUCUUCAUGAUCACCAUAUUUUUGUUUUGUUGGGUGCCAUAUGCAAUGUUGUCCUUCAUGUUGGUUUAUGGCUAUGCCUCUAAGAUUACUCCUACUGUAACCAUAAUUCUUUCACUACUUGCCAAGUCAAGCACAGCAUAUAAUCAUAUCAUUUACCUCUUCAUGAGCAGAAAGUAUCGAUGGUGUCUAAUGCAAUUGCUUUGCUCUCGCUUGAUGAGAAUUAAGUGGAUAAUAAAAGAUCAUGCUGUUCGAGUCCGCGGUGAGAAGCCAGGAAAACCUAUCGUCUUGUCUGAAAAGGUUGCAGAGCGGCCUAAAAAGAGAGUGACUUUCAGUUCCUCCUCAAUCAUUUUUAUCAUAACUAGUGAUGAAACUUGGGAUAUGGAUAGCGCUGCUGAUGACAAUUCCACAAACCCAAAUGUCAUACAAGUGAGGCCAUUAAAGUCAGAAAGAGCAUAAAGCAAAAAUAAAAGUAAAUAUUGUUGAACAGUGUGGGGUGAACUUUUCUUAUAGUAAGCAGAGUGUGUCCUGUAAAUAUCACUGUCCAUCAUGCCAUGGUUUCUGUAGCAGUUUACAGUAAAUCCUUGAGGAAAAAGCAGUUAUAAAUUAUAUGACCCUUUUAAAGAUCAGGUGUUAUUUUUCUCCAAUUCAGUUUUAAUGUUAUUUUUGCUAUUUACAGAGCCAGUUUUUUUAAAAAAAUAAUUGUGAUGUUUAAGUGUGGUGUUUUCAACAUAGUCCUACAUUUUGGAAGUAGGAAAUUUACAAAAUUCAUAGCAUUUUGUGGUACUACCUUUUAUGAAACAUCUUAAAUUUGCUUUUGAGAGUAAUAAGUUUAUCUAGUGUAAUAUAAUUCCUAAUUAUGCUUAAGGUUACUCCCUCCAGCAACACCACUCUGUUAUCAGUCAGGAAUGUUAUGGAGUGCACACCUGCUCCAUCACUGUUCUUUCACAGAAAAUGUAACCAACACUGUUUUCCCACUCUCUGCUUUUAAUUUAAGUUAAACAGUGGAAUGGGAUAUCUCAAUGCUUUGCGAUGUUCCUCACCAGUCACCUUUUUUCAAAUUCUCUCUAUACCAAGACUUUCACUAAUAGUGGUAUGUUCUUGGACUCUAUGCACUUGCUGUAAACUCCACAUUCUAUUUGCUACCUCCACUGGGGAAAAUAUAUUAAGAACUUGAAAUUCAAAGUUGUCUUAAUCUAAAUUGUAAGAAGGCUGUUGGACUGUGAAAAGCUUGAGGCCAG